UCCAAAAAGGAAAAAAUGGUCAUGAAUACUUUUGAAUGUUAUCAAAAUUUUUAAAGUUUCCAAUUAUGCAGAAUCUUACAUUUGAUUAUCAAUCUAUAAAUGUGAGGUUGUUCAGACAAACAAGUAUUUAAAUUUGGAUGAUCGUCCUAAAUUUGUCCGAGUGUUUAUGUAAAAUUCCUUAUCAAAAGUCCCGGAUAUACCCUGUUAUCAUUGCGAUAGGUUUGAGUGUCUUUUUUUUUUAUUUUUGGAAAUUUGAUUGUAGGAAUAUUAUUUCUAUAAUUGCAAUUGUUCUUUUUUAACCUAUAUCAAAGAGAGAAAGUAAUGUAAUUUUAUUCUGCGUUUUCUGCGCUUGCAAAGAG